GCUUUUGUCGAGUGCUGCGGUUCAUUGAACUGGUUUUUUCUUUACUUCUGGUUGCUGUCUCCCUCUAGCGGAACAGGUUUACCAACAGCCUCAUCUUUAACUUCUGCUUCUUCUUCUAGUGCUGCGUCGCAGCUGACUGUCGCCAAUUUUUUCAUUCUUUCUCCUUUUCUUUAAUUCGCUGCGCUGUUUUUUUUUCUUGAAUUUAUCAAAGAAGCUGACACAGUGGUUUGCUUGCGAUUCGUGUCACGUUCUUUAGCAGUAGCUCGUCAAUUGAGCGCGAGAUACAGAGAAUGAGAGAGAGCGAGGGGGGAAGAGCAAGCGCUACUCAUAUGUACAUCUACAAUGACCACAGAAAUUCUAAGAUUAUUUACUGCGAGCAAUCGAAGCGAGGAGGCAAAGCGCUUGCAUGGAAUAUUAUAAAAAGGCAAAAGAAAAGGAUUGUGAAACGAAGAAUUUGGAGAAUUCUUGAAAGUUCAAAUUUAGAGGAUUAAAGACAAAAGAGAAUUAAUUUAAUGAGGUUUGCCAUGCAAUCGAAAUCAUGGACUGUGCUUCAUCUAACGCUGCUCAGCCUGCUGCUGGUACUGGACAGCAGUCGUGCCGCCAACAUACUCGUUCUGUUUCCACAUGCGAGCGAGAGUCAUUUUGCUGUGAUGCGCACUUUAGUUGCCGAGCUGGCCAGCAGGGAGCAUAACGUCACUGUCUACAGCGGCCAUGGCCUGAGUGAGCAGUUGGAGCGUGUUGUGGAGCACGUUGUGCAGCCGGAAUUUGACUUUUGGAGCAACUUGCAAGAGCAGGCAGCAGCAGGGGGCAGCUUGCAGGAUUUGGCCCUUUUACCCGACAGCAAACUUCGCAGUUCUUUAGCUGUGGUUGGAGCUCGCGCAGUAGAGCACUUUUUGGUGCAGGCUCCUUUACUGAAGCUGCUGCAGCUGUCUAGUGUGGAGUUCGAGUAUGAUCUAAUCAUUGUCGAUUAUUUCUAUACAGAAGCGCUGCUGGCCCUUGGCUACAAGCAUAAUAAGCCCACAAUUGGCAUAAUAAGCACGGAUUUUGGCAACUAUAUGAACGCAGUGCAAGAGGCUUUGCUGCCCGUCGCCUGUUCGCCUAUAGAUUACGAGACAUAUACAAAGGAUUUGGGUUUCGCGGCACGCUUGGGCAAUAUACGCGAAUGUAUGGCGCGACGUAAACAAUUUUACAACGAACACUACGCGGCACAGGAUAAAAUAAUACGCAAGCAUUUUAAAAUUGCUGUUAACAUACCGGAACUUCAGGCACAUCAUUUGGCUCUAUUGCUGCUUAACAAUCAUGUGCCCCUCUGGACACCACGUCCGUUGCUACCGCAAAUUGUGCCAGCUGGUGGCCUGCAUAUACGCGGACCUCGCGAAUUAAUUUGGAACGUAAAACGCUAUGUGGAGGAGUCUGCCGACGGCAUCAUCUACAUACAGCUGGGUAACGAGCAGCCCUGCGGUCAGCUGCCCGAGCAGAAAUUAAAAAUACUAUUUGAUUUUAUUGGUGCACGCAAGGAGCGUUUUAUAUGGACCUGUCACGAUGUGACUACGCUGCAAGGCCUACCUAAAAAUGUGCUCAUCCAGCAUUCCGUGCCACAGAUUGAUAUACUGGCACAUCCUCGCGUGCGAGCUUUUAUCAUGAAUGGGGAUCUGCUGAGUAUUCAGGAGGGUAUUAUGCGUCAUGUUCCGAUGCUGGGUUUGCCCAACUUCCAGAAUGAACGUAAAAAUAUGCAACUGGCUGUGCAACUGGGCGUCGCGCUGCAGCUGGAUCAGAGCAAUUUUACGAAAGAUGCCCUUAACUGGGCACUGGAUGAACUGACAAAGCAACAGCAUUAUCAGCUAACCAUUCGUGAGGUUUCCAGCGAAUUCCGUGAUAGACCUUUGGGUGCCCUGGCCAAUGCCAUGUUCUGGGUGAACUAUGUAGUGCGGCACAAGGGCGGCACUGCGAUCAGAACACGUGGCAUAGAUAUUGCCUCCAAUCAUUUGCAUCUAUUUGAUUUGUUUGUUUUUUACUUUGGUUUGGCAACUACUAUUUGUGCCGUAUUGAUAGCCACCUACUUUGGGGUCGCUUAUGCACUGCAAAGAAAACGUAAUGACCUAAAAUUAUCAAAAUUAAGUUAAAUUGUUGCUCCAAUUAAAUAAAAGCU